CAGCAAUUCUAUUUUGCUUUCGUCAACAAAUUGCUUGAAUAUUCCAUAAGGAAAACAAUUUUCGGCUUAAUAUGAGAAUGUUUAAAAACAAAAAGGGUUGUUAAUAGCAAUUCUAAACAAUUGUAAACGAAAUGGACGUGGACGACAGUUUUUAUGACGAACUGUCGUCCUUUAUGUCAUCUCCAAGUGACUAUGACAUAAAUCAUGAUUUUGACGAGAUUAUAAGCUCAACUGUCUCGCACCUGGAUUCUUCUUUGGAUUUGAAUACUUUCCUGCCGCAAGACCGUGGCACUUCACUGAACAACGAUAAUCUGUUCUCCGAUUUGUUUCAGUCGACAACAGAUAGCCAUAAUGAUUUGGAGCUUAACUUUGACAACUUAUCGACGACAACAACACAGAGUUGGAAUGUCGAUCGAACAUCGUUGGCAUCCUCAAUGGAUGCUUCCAGCAAUUUGAUCAAUAUUUGUGAAGAUAAUGCAGAAAUUGAGAAAUUAACCAGCGGCAAUCUGUUGGAGCACAUUCAAGAUCGCGAUACUCCCUCGCCAACGGACAGUUGCGGCAGCUUUAGUGGCAGUUCAACAAGUGGCGUCCACAGCGACACCUCCGAUGCGUGGCAGAACAGGCAACAAGAACAAAGUCAUAUGGCGCCUGCCUCAUUUAAUAUGGCGCAGUUUCCAACGCCAUUUGCGCAAAGCUUUACCAAUCGAAACGAAGACAGUAUUCAAAAGAGUUUGCAAAAGCCACAAUUUGUAGCAUCAGUUCUCAAUAAUCAGGAGAUUAUUGGCAAGUCCGCGAACAACUCGGCUGUGGUUUUGCAAACAACUUUGGAGGUGAAAAGUACACCAGUCGUCACAGGGCAGAUUCCUGUCAAUGUGAAUGCGAGCCUCGCUACCAAAGCUCAGAAGCCGACUCGAGAAAAGAUUACAGCUGAGGUAGCAACAGAGAACGUCGGCAAAACUAAAACCAUAUUCCUCUCUACAAAUGACUAUAAGGCGCUCAUGGAUAAGAUUAACUUGAAUGGUUCAAAGGGCGCAAAGAUCAAUGGCAGUGUCAAAACACAUAUACCAAAGAUCGUAAUGAAGACAGGAAAUCCUAAAAUAAAAGGCCAUCAAAAUGUUGUUGACGCCUCCACAUGUCCGACUCUCACACUAAGCCCGUCCAACAUUGUCAAGCAUCAGAGUCAACUUCCGCACUCCAACUUAAAACGGGAAACCUCCAUGGAGUCAGAAUCAUCGAAUUUCCAUUUCAGAAACACAAUAGACGAGAAGAUGUUCAAGAAACAGCAGCGAAUGAUUAAAAAUCGGCAAUCGGCGUCAAUGUCACGCAAGAAGAAGAAGGAGUAUGUCGUCUCAUUGGAAACGCGUUUGCAUAACCUGGAGAAGGAAAAUCAUACACUAAAAGGGGAAAACUUGUCCCUACGCAACCAGCUUGUUGCUUUAGCCAAAACAUGCAAGUGCCGCAAGGGUAGUGUAUGUGAGUUUGUAUUGCAUUCGUUGAACUCCAAUGCGCGAACUGAUCAACACGUUAAGAUCGCUCCGAGGCCAACUACCAAAAGCUUUAAACAGCAUAUGAAUGCUGCGACGGUUAAGAAAAAUAUCGCCGUGCUGUUUGCGAUGGCUUUCAUGGUCACAUUGAAUGCCGGAAACUUUCAAUCAUAUCUAAGCAAUCAAAAUCUGGAGGCAGAAAAUACAGCCGCCGCCGUCACGAGCGACUCGAAUGUGAACGAGCCCGUUCCGAUAAGCCGUCGUCUGCUUUGGGUCGAUACGGAAGAAGAGUACAACGAAAAGCUGAACCAAAGCAAUCGUCCAGCUGAGGCAAUAGCUCCUCCACCAUUACACUUUCUACGGCCGAUUAGUCGUGGCCCCAAUGUUACGAAAAACGACCAUUGGAAGGCCACACAGCCGUCUCGGUUUAAUAGAGCCAAUGAUCCGCCACCCUUGACCUACCCAUCAUCAGCUAAAUGUAAUGGUUCUUGUGCUAACUCUAGUGUCAACCAAUCGGAAUACUCGCGCUUGGCAUUGAAUUUGGAAAAACUGAUAAAUACGAGUGGAUAUCACAAAUUGGGCAUGAAUUCGAAAUAUAACAUUGACCGGGAUAACGCAGAUGGCUUUAAGUUUUCGACAGACUAUUUGGAAUUACCUGAUAUGGCAAGAGAGGCUGCGACACUUGGCAAACGUAAAAGCUUUUUGGGCUUUAAGGAAACCAUACCGGACAUUGAACAGAAGCAACGGAAAAUUGAUUUAAAUGGCAAAAACACUCUUAACACAAGCGAACCGAUUCAUCUAUUCAAGGCUAUCAAACGACAAGAGGAUACAUUUUAUGUACUUUCAUUGAAUACAGAUCAUAUACUUCUAUCACCUUCCACAUACAACAAGAGCUCUCGUCCCAAAAUGUCGUUGUUGCUGCCAACAGCUGAACCGUCGCCGAAUGGCAACAUUAUGAUGAUGCAAGUCGACUGUGAGAUAUUUAAUACAAAGGAGGUGGAGCUUAAAUCUCACAUGAUACCGGCCAGUCUUCGGCCGAAUAUAACGAAGUGGCAGAUUAAAGCAAAGCCCGCCUCCAUUAAUGCCAACAACAACAACAACAGGACGCUGGGCAGCAGCAAGUUUCUCGACAGGUCGAUAAAACACGAGAAGCCGCGGGUACGAACAUACUUCAUGGUUGGACCCAAAAACCAAGCAGCUGCAGCUGCCUCACAGGAAAAGCCACGAUUAGUGGAGCUCAACAAAAGUAUGGUUAAUAAUAAUAGUAAGGUACUCACAGCUGACUUUGAUUCACGUUUGCAUGACUAAUCCAUUUAUAUAUAUAUAUCCGGGAUUGAGUCUUGGUUUAUUUCAU